CCGCACCAUUUGAAGGAAACAAAACAGUCGUCUUUCGUCCACCCCCCUUUCGUUCUGAGUAACAACAUGUCCAAAAACUUAAUCUUUUUCCUCUUUAUUGUUUGUAGAUGCUUCGAUUGAUACAAAAUUUUAAUAGGCUUAAUAAUUUAAACGCAAAAAUCCUGCGAAAGUGUUCCGAACUUACCACAUACACAGAAAAUUAGUUUAUAAUGGGAAACCAUGAUGACGAAUAUGAUUUUCUAUUUAAAGUGGUCUUAAUCGGAGAUUCCGGCGUGGGAAAAAGUAAUUUGCUCGCUAGGUUUACCAGAAACGAAUUUAAUUUAGAAUCAAAAUCAACAAUCGGUGUGGAAUUCGCGACGAGGAGUAUACAAGUUGAUGGUAAAACAGUUAAAGCUCAAAUAUGGGAUACAGCUGGUCAAGAAAGAUAUCGAGCAAUCACAUCAGCGUAUUAUCGCGGUGCUGUUGGCGCAUUAUUAGUUUACGAUAUAGCUAAGCAUUUAACCUACGAAAAUGUUGAAAGAUGGCUGCGCGAAUUACGGGAUCACGCCGAUCAGAAUAUUGUGGUCAUGUUAGUCGGAAACAAAUCAGAUCUGAGGCAUUUAAGGGCUGUGCCUAGCGAAGAAGCUAAAGCAUUUGCUGAAAAGAAUGGUCUCUCAUUCAUCGAAACGUCCGCUCUAGAUUCGACAAACGUAGAAGCCGCUUUUCAAAAUAUUCUCACAGAAAUAUAUCGUAUUGUAUCUGCCAAACAAGUACCAGGAACACCAGACGACGAUGAUGCAAGCACCAGAGGUGAUCUAUUCCGACCAAUUAGAGUAGAAGCCACAGCAACAGCCAAUGACUCUGACACUCAUUUCCAUAUUAAACAGUUCUGUUGUUCUAAUACGUAAUAUUAUUUUCCCCCAUUUCGUAAUUGUUGUAGGUAACUCGAGAGUAUAUAUUCCAAUAUGUCAUUUGCCAUUAUUUAUUAUUAAUUUUUUCUUUCUUUAUUUUCUUUUUUUUUUCAUAUUUUUUUUUUUUCGUUAUCUCGUGAAAAUGGCUUUUGUGUAUAAAGUGUCAACACAUUCAUUUUGCGGAUAAGUAUAUCCAGUUUUUACCUUAUUUUUUCUUUUUACUUUUUUUUUAAAUUUAUUAUUUUUAUUUACGAAAACGAUUAAUACCACCUUACGCUUGUCUCGUUGAAUAAAAAUUACGCGAGUAAUCGUAAAUAUACAAAAUAAUGUUACUAAUAAUUCAAUAUUGUUACACGUUUUUUUUUUCUAGAUCUUUGUACAUAUUUAUACUUUUAUGUUUUAUUUUCGAAAAGAAAAAAAAUAGCAAAAAAGUAAAAAUUACAAAUAAUCGUACAGCUUGUAUAUAUUUAUGAAAAUGGCUAAAUAUAAUUAUCACUAUGUUAGCGUUAUCAAAUUUUAAAUAUAUGUGUAUAAAAACGA